GUAGACUGUGCUGCUUUGGACUUUGGCAUCAUGCCUCCAGCGUCGCGUUUGGACGACCCUUCUGCCCUCGCUGACUUCUUGUCUUCAAUCUCUGCCCCUGAUACUUUGGCGGCUGCCGUCAAAAGUGCAGGAUUUCACACAUUGGGCUCGUUGGCCUCUGCCCUCACUGACCCGUCCGAUCCUGAUGAGGUCAUGCAGUUCAUCCGGGUCAUUCUCAAGAUACCAGAUGGCGAUGCGACGGCCACUUUCCGUCCGGAUGUGUCCUGCCUCCGUCGCACCAUCCUCGAGGCCUGCUCUAUCGCGCCUCCUCGGGCUGCGUCGGCCAAUGCACCGUCGCAGCUGCCACCGGCUGCCCCAUCUGCCUCGUCCUCGAAUAAAAUUACGGCGGCCGAGUUCCUUUCCCUUCGCAAGGACUACCUCAAGAAGUAUCCGGGCGAGCUGCUGACACCCGCUAAUACUCCGUCCGUUGAGUUUUUGUCGUUGAUCCGUCAGCACCAUGAGUCCGGCCAGUCCGUUUGGAUUCCCUGGCGUCAACGCACCUCUGAAGCCGAUUUUCUGCAUUGGGAGGAAUCCCGCCGCCCCAGAUCCGAUCGCCAAAUGCUUCGUUCCCUUCUGGACUUGCCGGAUGAAGCUGCUGGGCCGACCUUUGGUUUUAGCCUCAACGGCCCCUCCGAGUCCGUUCUCCGGCGCUGUCUGGACCUUUUCGCCAUAGCUUUGGCCUUGUUGGACCUGGUUCACUUAGCCACUAUUAAAAGGUUCAACGAUAAGUUUUUCACAAUGGCCACCACUCCGCCGUCGGACACUACCCUCCGUGCCCCUGUCCUGCAAGAGGUGGUCCACGCUGACCGCGCGGUCUGGAUGACGGUCUCCGCUCUUGUCCGUGACCAGGCCUGGUCUCUUACCGACAGCCUGAAUGAAGUCGGUUUCUGCCGCCACGACAUGGCCCCACUGCUGCAACCCCGUCCGAAGCCGGCCCGUUCGCCUCAGCUGCCGUCCGGCCCCACUUCUGCCGGCAAGCCCAACCCGCGCAAGCGCACCAACCCGGACGGUCCCGGACGGGCAGCACCCUGCGCCUCCCUCCGGUGUCGAUGCGGCCGUGCCCAAGGGCGCACCUAA